UACACAAGCAUUUUUCUGAACAGCAUUCUGCUCCUUUACUAACUAACUAAGACUUGGCCUUCACCGCUUUCCCCUGGAAAUCUAGCUAGUUACACACGGUCUGAAAUGUUUCUGUAGUGCGAGCGGAGGCAGAGUUGUUGAGGUUUUGCCAGUGCCAUGGCUCGACGUUUUAUGUCUCGUGUUCAGGCAUUUCUAGUUGAUGUCUUCAGCAUUGCAUUAUGGAAGGGCGAACGAAUUCGUUGCUGAAUGGAAGGAUGGAAAAAACUAGUUGGUCAGUAUUAUGUGGAGGCGAGGCGCCACCAGUGUUUCAUGUGAAUGGAGGUGACAUAGAUUUGUGCUGGAAUGAAGUCGUAAUAGGUCUGCCGAGUCAUUUCCUGUUGUUAUUUGUUGCGACCGCUAUCUGUUUGUUCCCACCAAGUUCAAAGGGGCCCGUGACAGGCCUGUUCAGAGUCAGACAAGUCGUUUGUAUUUUGCUAGUACUGGCUCCAUUAUGCUGCGGAAUCAGCUGGUGGUUUCUCGUUCACAAUCGUCCUCCUGUGGUAUGGAUGUCGUUCUGCCUGCAAAUGAUCACGUACCUGUCUCUUGCGCUCAGCACGCGGUGUACAUGUGCACUUCUCUUGUCAGCCAAUGUGUGGCAGCUAGCGUUCAUCAACCUUGCAUGGUUCAUGGCAUUCAGUUCUGCAGCGUUUUCUGCUGUUCUGGCCGCGAGCCAUGCACUCCACUCUACAGACUUUUACAGGAGUGCAUAUGGCCUUCCGUACAGCGUAUCCACCUUUGUAAUUGCCGGGCUACAUCUGUGUUACCUUGUCACGCUAGCCAUCGGUUUCUUUCAGAAGCCCCAGUAUGUGGAUGGGUCCCAUCGGGCCGUUCAACGGCGACUUGUACGAGUUGGCGUUCAGGACUCGGGCGAGACCGAGCCACUGCUCAGCCGCUCCUUCUCUGAUUAUGACACCGUGCGCAGUGGGGAUAGGCAUGGUGGGGUCGAGCAACUCUCUGUGUGUUCAGAGGAGGACCGGUCAAGUCUGGCUGCGGUGGUCAUGUUCACCUGGAUGAAGCGUACACUAGAGCUCGGCUGGAAAGGCGAAUUGAAAUCGGCAGACGAUUUGGAUACGCUGCCACGAGCGCUGCAGACUGGAAGUGUCCGUGCACGCUUUGAUCGACAUCUGGGCGUUGCGAUUGAGCAAGCGUUUACUCUCGACCGAAAACGAGGUCAGCUGUCCGGCAAGCCAGCGUACUCAUCGUCAACAUUCAGCCUGCUGCGGUCGCUGAACAAGGCGUUCGGCUGGGAUUAUUAUCCGCUGGGCUUGCUGCGGUUUGCAUGCGACUUGCUUGGUUUCGUUGGCCCCAUACUUCUGCACGCCCUGGUGGUGUUCAUCGAGGACAAGUCGGAACCUAUGGCGCAUGGCUAUUACUAUGCAGCUGGUCUCCUGGUCUCCACACUGCUGGUGGCACUGCUUCAAAGUCAGUUCUCCUUUAGAGUCAACAAGGUAAUGGUGGCAAUGAGAGCAGCACUAGUAACGGCAGUCUAUCGCAAGGCGCUGGCCGUUGAUUCGGUGAAUCUCGGCGUGUUUACGACUGGCGAGAUCGUCAACUUGAUGAGUACGGAUGGCGAUCGUGUUGUGAACUUUGCCAACAGCUUCCACACCUUCUGGAGCUUGCCGUUUCAGGUUGCAGUCGCACUCUAUCUACUGCAUCAACAAGUAGGCCUUGCAUUCCUGGCUGGCCUCGGCUUCAGCUUGGCUAUGAUACCGAUCAAUCGAUUCCUGGCGAACAAGAUUGGCUCGCUUAGCCAGGCUAUGAUGGAGAAGAAGGACGGCAGAGUGAAGGUCAUGGCUGAAAUCUUACGUGGCAUACGCGUUAUCAAGUUCUACGCCUGGGAGGCUGUGUUUGGAGGAAAGGUGGAGAAGUUACGAGAAGAAGAGCUAUCCAAUCUGAAAGGACGCAAGUACCUGGACGCGCUGUGUGUGUACUUAUGGGCGGCCACGCCUGUCAUGAUCUCACUGCUGACGUUUGGCACGUAUGUUGCACUGGGACACAAGCUAACGGCAGCCAAGGUGUUCACCAGUGUUGCUCUGUUCAACAUGCUGAUUACGCCACUGAACGCCUUUCCCUGGGUGCUGAACGGCCUGAUGGAGUCCUGGGUGUCUGUUAAGCGCCUGCAGGCCUUCUUCACCUUACCGCAGGUGUGCUGGAGUCGCUAUUAUGUACAGGCCGGCGAUGAUGACGAUGAGGCGGCGACGGCGAGUGAAGAUGCUCUGCACCUCUCCCGUGCUGAGUUCUCCUGGUCGGCAAGCGAGCUGGCCUCCACUGCCAAGCGACGCUACUUGUCUGGCAAUUCCAAGCCGGACGAUGGUAACGAGGCGGCUGAUGAGGAGAGCACUAAUUCUGGAUCUCGCUUUCAUCUGGCUGGCAUUGAUUUCAAAGCAUCCAAGGGCCACUUGAUUGGUGUUGCUGGUAGCGUUGGCUCCGGAAAGAGCUCUCUUCUGGCGGCCAUUACGGCAGAAAUGAGUCGUGCGGAUGGACAGGUGUAUAGCGGCUAUUUGCAAGACGGCUUUGGCCUAGUUUCACAGGAGACCUGGUUACAGCAUGCCACAAUCAGAGACAACAUCUUGUUUGGAAAACCGAUGAACCCAGUGAGGUACCAAGAGGUGCUCCACGCAUGUGCCUUGCAGGAGGAUUUGGCAGUUUUGCCCGCUGGUGAUCAAACGGAGGUCGGGGAGAACGGUGUGACGCUCAGUGGCGGUCAGAAGGCACGCAUAUCCCUGGCCCGCGCUGCGUAUCAGGACAAAGACAUCUACUUGUUGGAUGAUCCGCUGGCGGCCGUGGAUGUGCAUGUGGCGCAACACCUGUUCCGCCGUUGCAUUGCCGGCCUCAUGUCCACAAAGACGAGGAUACUGUGCACGCAUCAUCUCCAGUUUCUUGCCUCCGCUGAUCAUGUGCUGGUAAUGGAGGACGGCCGUAUUGCUCGUCAGGGUUUGCCGGCUGACGUUCUGCCGAAAGAAGUGUUGUCCGGUCAGAUCGGUCGCGACCUUGAAGCAGAAUCGGGAAAAGAGGCCAAUGAAGCAGCUGAAGAUGACUCAGGCUGCGAUGCCGAGGCUGAUGUUCUUGUGGAGGAGGAACGUCGAGAGAAAGGCGUUGUGUCCACCAGCGUUUACAAGUCCUAUUGGAAGGCUGUUGGAAAUGUCCUUGCCCCGGCCGUUCUGCUGUCGCUGUUCCUUAUGCAAGCAUCGCUCAAUUUGUCCGACUGGUGGCUCUCCUACUGGAUAUCACACACAACCACCCUGCAUCCCAACAGCACGUCGUACAACUCCAGCGGUGCCUACACGAAUCAUUCUGUGGACGCGCCGCUCUCGCAGCCGUGCACGUACAGCGCGUGGCAGUUGUUCGCCCUGUUGCCCAUGCCAGCCUGCCAUGAGUACGGGGUGCCUGUUGUGUACACCGACGGCGUACUCGGCAAUGCGUCCAGCAAUGCAUCCAACUCAUCGUCGGAUCUUCGCUUCUAUCUGACCGUCUAUGGCUGUCUCGGCGGCGCAAACACGAUGUUCACGCUGCUGCGUGCUUUCCUCUUUGCGUACGGCGGCGUCUGCGCAGCACGUGUGCUACACGACCGCUUGCUGCGUAGCAUUCUCCAUGCUCCGGUGUCCUUCUUUGACGUAACCCCGGUGGGGCGAAUGCUGAACCGCUUCUCCACGGACUGUUAUUCGAUCGACGAUACGCUGCCCUUCCAGUUGAACAUCCUGCUGGCGCAGCUCUUCGGCCUGCUGGGUACCAUUGCCAUAACGUGCUAUGGCCUGCCCUGGUUCGCUCUGCUGCUUCUGCCACUCGCCGUCAUCUACUACCGCGUGCAGCGAUACUAUAGACGUACAUCUCGUGAGCUGAAACGUCUUAGCACCGUGACCCUGUCACCGGUCUAUGGGCACUUCUCCGAGACGCUGGCCGGCCUGUCCACCAUCCGCGCCAUGCGUGCCGUGUUCUGCUUUGCUGAGGAGAACGAGCGACGCCUGGACGUCAACCAGCGGGCAAACUAUACAGGCUACGCCACUGCUGUGUGGUUGUCAUUGCGCUUGCAGUUGUUAGGUGUGGCGAUGGUGGCUGGUGUUGCAUUCAUAGCUGUGCUGGAGCAUCACUACUGGACUGUGGAUGCCGGAUUGGUUGGCCUUGCGGUGUCCUACGCACUGUCAGUGACCGGGCGUCUGAGCGGUGUGGUGCAGAUGUUCACCGAGACGGAGAAGGAGAUGAUCAGCACCGAGCGUGUCAUGCAGUAUAUCACCGGUGUGGGUGAGGAGAAACAGGUCGUGCGGCCCGCCACACGCGCCGUCCCUGACAGUUGGCCAGUGUGCGGUGCAAUCACCAUGGAUGGCGUGCAACUAACUUACAGACGGGGUCUUCCUCCUGCGUUGCGUGGCGUUUCAUUCACUUGCCAGGCUGGUGAAAAGAUUGGCAUUGUGGGUAGAACUGGUUCAGGCAAGAGCAGCCUGUUUCAAGUCCUCUUCCGUAUGGUCACCUAUGAAGGGGGCCGGGUGACUAUUGACAAUGUUGACACGGCAUCGGUACCACUCUCUCGGCUAAGGUCGUCUCUGGCAAUCAUUCCACAGGACCCUUUUCUGUUCAGCGGUUCAGUUCGCCACAACCUCGACCCCGCACAUACGUGUGAAGAUGAUCAGCUUCAUGCAGCGUUGCAACAAUGUCAUUUGAAGGACGCAGUGGAGCGGUUAGGUGGACUGGGCGGUGAGGUGGGCGAGUCUGGACGGCACUUCUCCGCCGGCCAACGGCAGCUGGUCUGCUUGGCGCGGGCUCUGCUGACCGGGUGCAAGAUACUAUGUAUUGAUGAAGCUACAGCCAGUGUGGACAUGGACACAGACGCACAGAUACAGGUGACUCUACGCGAUGCAUUCCCGGCGACGACAGUCCUCACCAUAGCACAUAGGAUUGGAACCAUUCUCCAAAGCGACCGCGUUCUCGUCAUGGACUCUGGUUCGGUUGUGGAGUUCGCAGCUCCUGACGCGCUGCUGGCCAAUGAAUCCUCCGUUUUCAGCCGGCUGGUCAAAGAAACACAUUAGCGAGAGCCACAGGCAGUUUGUAUGUGGUGGCAUUCCAUCACAUUGGCAGCUCAGCUCAGACCCUUGUGAAGCUCAUGUUGAUUGCACAAACGAGCAAUGACAAUGUGAGCACUGCUUCACGUUAGCUGACAAACAGGAUAUCCCCUGGUGUGCCGUGAAGGUGAGCAGCACGUCAUAUUGCAGUCGCUCCAGCUCUGCCCAGCAACUUGGGUGCAGGAUAUGUGGAUGCUGGUAUUGUCAGCGUGGCAGUAGCUGUUGCACCUAUUGCAGAAUUCCAAACAAGUAGUGUCCCGUGCGUGAAGUGCAGUCUGUAUGGCUGAGCUCAGAGGAUUGACGUGAACCAAUUUCUUCUACACCGUAGACGUACCCUGGUCUUGGCUUGGUGACUGUGACGCUCCGUGCCAUGAUAAGCUAGCCGUAAUCCUUGUGCCUUAGUGAGGCGCUGUGCUUGUUCCUCUUCAGCUGCCACUCCAGUAGUUGUAGGACAGGAAUCACUGACAUCCCGUACUUUCCAGUACACAUAUUUCAUAUCAUAUUUUUCUACAACUAUUUAUUCACUUUGAUGAGCCUUGAGCAGUCUCAACUUGAGGAAUUUCUGAAGGAUAUCACCUUUUUUUUAAAUAAAUAUUAAUUUUGUGUCGUGAGAUGGUUCUGAUGGUGUGUAUGUACAUGUACAGUGGAUCUCAAUUCUCAACCAGGCCUGCAGGGUGUCGUGAAAGCCCUGGUCUCGACUUCACCAGCAAGAAUUAUUCUUGAUUUCCAUUGGUCGUGGUCACUGGCCUAUACACUUUAUUUCCAGGCUUCCAUUUUCAUGCUGCCGCAGUGUCUAUCAACACAUGUGGUGGCUAUGGCUGCGCGUCUUA